AUGAAUGCGGUGAAAUUAUUACCAGACUGCCUGGUGAUCGGCUACGGUGGCGUCGAUGGUCGGCAGUGGGGACAGAUCGCAGGCUCAGGCACUGGCCGCCUUCUCGCGCUUUAUAUCUGUAUGGACGGCUGGGAGCAUCUGCCAUGCACACAGCACGCUUUGCCCUCUGUCACGCUGCUUCCUUUGCCGCUCGUCACCCACAUCCCCAUGGGCGUGAUCCGUGCCUCCGUGCCUUCGCGCCCUCCUGUCGACCGCCGAUCUGGCUAG